GUCUCUAAAAAGGUUCAAGCUAUUUUUUUACAGCUUAGUGUCUGUGGCUCCGUAAUUAAUUGUAGCUAGCUGUCUCAUAUCGACGUGUUUUUAAGGAACAUGAAAUAGUUGUUGUUUUUUUAAUUAGAGGAGUUGCCAGAGCAAGAGAUUUGAAGUCCAACUGCUGCUGCUGCUGGUUGUUGCUACUCUAUCUUACUUGUGAUGUUGGAUAUGGGAGAAAGGAAAGAAGUCAAAAUGAUUCCUAAAUCAUCGUUCAGUAUAAACAGUCUGGUUCCCGAAGCCGUCCAAAGCGACAACCACAAUCAUCACCACCAACACCACCACAGAGCGGUGCAUGAGGAAGAGGAGAAGACUCCUUUACCUGUCCAAGUACAGGAGCAAAAGUCGGAGAACACUUGCGCUAAAAGUGACAAUUCAUCCCACGACUCCUCGUGCACGGACGAGAAGGGGAAGCAGGAAGAGAAACGGGACUCGAAAGAAGGCGAAGGAGGCAAAGAAGGCGACAAGAAAAACGGCAAGUACGAGAAACCACCUUUUAGCUACAACGCUUUGAUUAUGAUGGCUAUUCGGCAGAGUCCGGAGAAGCGGUUAACCCUUAACGGCAUUUACGAGUUCAUUAUGAAAAAUUUCCCGUAUUACCGAGAGAACAAGCAGGGAUGGCAGAAUUCCAUCAGACACAACCUGAGUUUGAACAAAUGUUUUGUCAAAGUGCCCCGGCACUACGAUGACCCCGGGAAGGGGAACUACUGGAUGCUUGACCCCUCCAGCGACGACGUGUUCAUUGGCGGCACAACGGGCAAACUUCGGCGGAGAUCGACCACUUCUAGGGCAAAGCUUGCGUUUAAAAGAGGCGCGAGGCUUACUUCCACCGGACUGACGUUUAUGGAUAGAGCUGGCUCUUUAUAUUGGCCCAUGUCGCCUUUCCUCUCGCUUCACCAUCCGAGGGCGAGCAGCGCAUUGAGUUACAACGGCACGUCGUCGGCUUACCCUAGUCACCCAAUGUCCUAUAGCACAAUGUUGACUCAAAACAGUUUGGGGAACAGUCACUCUUUCCCUGCCUCCAAUGGAGUGCCAUGUGGGCUCUCCGUGCCCUGCUCAGGGACGUACUCUUUGAAUCCGUGUUCAGUGAACCUACUGGCGGGCCAGACCAGUUACUUCUUCCCCCACGUCCCUCACCCAUCCAUGACCUCGCAUAGCAGCACGUCCAUGAGCUCCCGGGCCGCCUCUUCCUCCUCCCCGCAAACGGUCUCCUCUCUCUCGUGUGACUCCUUAAGGCCUUCCCUGACUAGUUUUUCCUCCGGGCUUUCCAGCGGACUUUCUGACUACUUCACACAUCAGAAUCAAGGGUCAACAUCAAAUCCACUUAUACACUAACUAGCAUCCACAGGAUCAGACUGUAAGUGAACAUUUUACACCAAUUUACACUGUAAUAUAUAUAAAUGAAAAAAUUAAGGAGAAUGAACGGACAAUGCAAGCCGAAUUCCAGGUAUUUUGUAUUAUUAUUAUUAUUAUUCUGCAUUUAUUUCUGACUGUAUACAAACGUCAAGUGUCGCGGAACUGUUUAUUAUUCCACUGUCAGCAACGUGCAAUGUGACCAGAGUAAAAAAAAGGAUUAAGC